AUGGCUGCCCUCAUCCUUAGCCUGAUCCUUUGCGCUUGGAGUGUCUCCACUACCGCUCUAUGCGAUCUCUCAACUACCAUCGUCGGAAAGCUACCAGCCGUUCCAGAAGGAUGGACUCAGGGCAGAAAACCAAGUUCAAAUGAAGUCGUCAAACUGCGUAUCGCCAUGAAUCGACCUGCAAUGGGUGAUAUCCAUCAGCACCUACUGGACAUCUCUACACCCGAUCAUCCAUUCUAUGGUCACCACCUGGAAAAACAUGAACUCGAUGCUCUGCUGCGGCCAGCCAGCGAUGUGACUGCUGCAAUUCUUGACUGGCUCGAGGGCAAAGGUAUCCUGCCAAGCAACAUCACCCAUCAAGGAUCCUGGAUCACGUUCAACGCUUCCAUUUACCAAGCAGAGAGUCUUCUUAGCACUGAAUUCUACGAGUAUCACAACGGAGACACGAUUUUGAUUCGCACUCUGCAGUACUCGGUCCCGACAAGCCUGAUGCCAUUGAUCACUACAAUUCAGCCCACUACUCGGUUUGGUCAACCAAGAGCACAAGCCAGGCUUAUGCUAGAGACCAGAGAUAACCCCGACCCUGGUUUAAUCUCGCCAAUUGGGAAUCCCGGACUGCUGACCACCUAUAAUGCCACCUUCUGUAACAGCACCAUCACUCCAGCAUGCAUUCGAGGCAUCUACAGGAUGAGCAAUUUCCAAGCCGAUCCCAACGGAAAGACAAAACUCGGUGUAUCUGGCUUCAUUGACGAAGGAGUGUAUUUUGACGACCUUGAAGAUUUUCUCAAGCUUACCGGUGCCGGGAGUCAGUCCCAUGACUUCUCUAUUGUCCCAAUCAACAAUGGGGUCAGCGACCAGCAAGGGGUUAACAAAACUGCAGAGGGGAAUCUCGAUGUGCAAUAUGCCGUAGCCCUGGCACAAGGGACGUCAGUGGUUUACUACUCAACAGGCGGACGAGCUCCAAUGCUCGCAGAUCUUGACCAGCCGACGCCUUCCCAAAACGGCAGCAACGAACCGUACCUUGAUCAACUGCAAUACUUACUGAGUCUCAACAACUCAGACCUUCCCGACGUUCUUACGACCUCGUACGCUGAGGACGAGCAGACAGUACCCCUUGACUGGGCGACAGAAGUGUGCAUUGCAUUCUCGUUUCUUGGUCUACGUGGAGUAUCUGUGAUCUUCGCUUCGGGUGAUACCGGUGUUGGCAGUGCGUGUCAAUCCAAUGACGGAAAGGAAACACCACGCUUUGCACCAAACUUUCCAGCAACGUGCCCCUAUGUGACCGCCGUUGGAGGCACUUAUGCCUUAAAUCCAGAGAUUGCGGCUGCUUUCUCGUCAGGAGGAUUUUCCAACUACUUCGUGGCACCCUCUUACCAAGUCAACACCACGAAAGCCUAUCUCAGCAGGCUGGGUGAUAAGAACAAAGGUUAUUAUAAUGCCUCUGGUCGAGGAUACCCUGAUGUCUCUGCCCAAUCUGUGCGCUACCUCAUAGAGAACCAAGAUCACCCGGAGUUCCUAUACGGGACGUCUUGCGCGGCGCCAACCUUUGCGGCCAUUAUAUCCAAUCUGAACAACCAACGUCUGGCACAGGGGAAGACCAAGCUCGGCUUCUUGAACCCUUGGCUGUACUCGCAGGGCUAUCAGGCAUUCAACGAUAUCACCCUAGGACACUCUCGCGGUUGUUCAGGUCAGGACAUGUACACGGGACAGCCGACACCUAAGAUUUUGAAUGCCAGUUGGAAUGCGGCUCCCGGUUGGGAUCCCGUUACAGGCUGGGGAACGCCAGACUUUCAAAAGCUUUCAAACAUGCUGGCUUCGUGA